CGUCAUAGACAAUGUGUUUUGACAAAGUUUACUUCGACCAAAAUGACGAGCAUUGUAAUUCGUGGUUAAAUUAAUAAAAAUAUCGUGUUUUAUUCAUCAUGACUGUGUGGCAGAAGUUGGAGAAUGAAGAGUGCUACGCUGUCGCCAUAUACAACUUCACCAGCGGCUCCCAGUUCCACCUCCAGCUGGAUGUGGGGGAGCUAGUGCAUGUGGAAGCAGAGACAGCACACUGGUACUGGGGACGGAGCCUCCGGCGAGAGGCCAGUGGCGCCUUCCCUAGGAACUACGUCGUUAUACGGGACUGCAAUGUUGACAGAUGCGGCGGCACAGUGGUCGCGUCGGCCGGCGGCAGCGGAGUAGCUCACGACAUAGCCCAGACCCUCAGGGAGUGGCUGGACCAGUGGAAGACGCUGUACAUCACAAACGAUGAGCGCUUCAAGUUUAUGGAAGUGAGCAUGCGAGCGUUAUUAGAACUAAGAAGAGAGGCGGCCAGCGGCACGCUGCCUCAGGACCAGUUGAAACGCGUCUCUAGGACUGCCAUAUUCACCAUCGACAAAGGGAACCGAACCUUAGGAAUGGAGCUGGCAGUGAGAACCACGGGCGGUCAGCUAGUCGACCCUUUACAAACCUCCACCUACAGACUGAACUCGAUGCAUGAUGAAGCAAACGCACGCAUCGAUAAGAAUAUGGAGACAACCCCCACCACACAACCAUCGUCAACACCACCCACCGCUAGAACCUACACCAUAGCGUUACGCGUCCACAACUUCGUGUGUCGGAUGUCGGAUGCGGCUGAACUACAGCUGUCGCUAUACGACGCGGCCGGCAACAAGAUGACUGAACAUUUGCUGCUAAGAUGGCCGGUGACUAACUUCAACCCUGCGCAAGUAGUAUUUACUGAUCUUUCGAGUGAUGUGAAGAGAGAAAAAGUGUAUUUAGUGUGCCAUGUAGUAAGGAUAGGAUCUAUGGACCCACAGAAUAUUGAUCACAGACGGAGUUCCAUCGCCGCCGGAGCGCCGGUUUCUUUUUCGGCGGCCGGCGGCAUGCGGCGACCGUUCGGCGUAGCGUGCGCUGACGUCACGCGCCACCUAGCCGCCGACAACCCUGACAAACACAUACAAGUGCCAUUUUACGCAUGUGAAAAAGAAAACAUGGACACGUUACUGAAGAAAGUCCUGACGAAUAGAGAUCUCAAAGACGCGAAACAUUCCCAAGGACUCUGGGUGUCGUUACAGCUAGUUGAAGGAGAUUUGAAACAGAUCCGCGAGGAAAACCCACACAUAGUGGUCGGCAACACAACAGUGGCUCGAAAAAUGGGUUUCCCAGAAGUAAUAUUGCCGGGCGAUGCUCGCAACGAGUUAUACGUGACGGUGGUCAGUGGAUCCUUCUCUAAAGGCGGCGGGAAGUCGUCUGAAAGAAACAUUGAGUUGGCGGCGCGAUUGGUGGACAAGCAUGGACGAACUUUGUCGAGUGUAAUAUCGGUCGGCGCCGGCGUGAACCUAGUAGAUGAGUUCACGUCCAUAGUAUACUACCACGACGACCGGCCCCGCUGGCAGGAGGUGUUCAAGGUGUGUCUAAACAUCGAGCAGUUCAAAGAAGCCCACCUAGUCUUCCUCUGCCGUCACCGCAGUUCCAACGAGGCCAAGGACCGCGCCGAGCGACCCUUCGCGCUCUCAUACUUACGGCUGAUGCAGCGAGAGGGUACCACCACGCCCGACAUUAACCACAGCCUGUGCGUGUACAAGAUAGACGCAAAACGCGCGUCGUCCCCAUCAACAGUGGAGACAGAAGCCGCGGCAGCCUGUCUAGGCCUACCUUCGGAGAGGCACGAGCUCCCGGCGGGAUCCGAACGCGGGCUCACACGAGGCGCGCUAAGCCUCGUCCACCGCGACACGCUUACCGUUGCUACUAAGCUGUGCUCUACGAAACUUACGCAGAGAGAGGAAAUUCUGGGUGUGCUGAAGUGGAGCACUCACCACGCGGAAGGCACUCUGCGCGCGGCGCUCACGAGGCUUUUACACGUGCCCAGCGAAGAACUGGUGAAAUUCCUGCAGGAUAUACUGGAUGCGCUGUUUCAUAUCCUCACACAGGUGGAGGAAGACGUGGGCGAGUACAGCGAGAACAGCUACGGCGUGCUGGUGUUGGAGUGCUUGCUGCGCGUCAUCGCGCUCGUGGCCGACCACAAAUACCAGCACUUCCAGCCCGUGCUUCACGUCUACAUCGCUGAUAGCUUCUGCGACGCGCUGGCUUACGAGAACCUAAUCUCCGUCAUAGUAUGGGUGAUCAAAAUGGCCGACAGUGGCGAGACAGCUCUAAAACGACUGCUGAUGUGCAUGAAGUGCAUCGAGAGCCUGGUGCGGAUCAUAGUGCGCAGCAGGCAGCUGCGCAGCGCGCUGGGGGACAGCACUGCUGACGCUGACUUCGGGAGGCGCUUCGAGAGCCUGCUAGAAGCGCUAGUGUGGCUGAUGCGGCGCGGCGAGCACGCGCUCACGUGCCAAGGCUCUGCCCUCAAGUACCUGCCCGCCGCCGUGCCACACGCUUUAGCUGUGUGCCCGCCUAUUGAACUGGGCGCGUACAUAGUGAGCGCACUAGACGCGUUACCUCUCGGCCGGCUGAGCAAGCAACGAAUGCUGGCUUUAUUAGAGCUCGUUAAGGGCCCACUUUGCGCCGCGCCCGCCGCCCGGGCCCUAUUGCUUCCACAUCUGGCGUCGACUGUACGCGCUUUGCUGAAGGAAAAGGCUGAGGUGGAGCUCUGCGUGGAAGCGCUAGGCGAAGUCAUGACCCUCCUGGCUAGAGACGACGUGGGUCCAGUGGAAGCUGAUAGAGGAGAGCUGGCCAGGAGACUCCUGCCGACCGUCCUGACCACGGCUGCGUCGAUGCUGAAAGAGAGGAAGACUGACGAGCAGGGGUCAGCUGAUGAUCCGCUACUGCGCCGCAUAAUCUGCGUGCUCCUCGACAUGGUCCGGCAGGCGUCCGACGAGCAAUACACGAUGGUUGUGAAGGCGCUCGAAGCCGAGCACCCGUCGGCCCGCUGCCUCGUCGGCGACGCGCUGGCGCUGCUGACAGAGCUGCUGCGGCGGCCCGUGUUCCGCGCGCACUGGGCCGCCAUGCUGCAUCUACAGCACACGGCCAUGCUGCACGCGCUCAGAUUACUAGCAACGACCCUCCGAGAUCGUCUAUCCGCUGUAGACGAGCUAGACACAGAAGCCGUUAGCGGAAUCCACGAGAUGUGGCGGGAAUGGUUCACGGCUUGCAGCGCUUUGGCUACCUCCCCUGUGUUACAAUUGGAGACGCUACCACCGGCCCGGAAGCAGCGAGUGACGGGGCUAUAUGGAGACAUACGGAGACACGUCGCUUCGAUGCUGAGCGAGAUGUGGUUUGGUCUAGGCGAGCACAAGCGCUCCUUCAUCCCGUGCCUAGUCGGCCCGUUCUUGGAAGUGAGCUUCCUCCGAGACGAGGAGGUCCGCAACACGACAAUACCGCUGUUCUUCGACAUGAUGCAGACGGAAUAUAUGCACAGCGUGGCUAGCGGAGAGAAUGAAGGCCUCCUAAAAGACCUAGAGAGCGAGCUGAUCGACAAGCUAGACGUCUUAGUCGAGAGUGGGCGUGGGGAUUCCCAGUGGCGGGCUCGCUUCGUCUCGCUAUGCGGCGCGCUGUGCGGCGCCGCCGCCGGCCCGCUGCGAGUAGCCGCUGCUGCCCUGGUGGCGGCAGGAGCGCGUCAACUAGACACACUACUUCAGUACCGCGCGGCCGCUGUGCGUUCCGCCACGCCGCACCGAAUGCACCUAACUACUAGGGUGCUGCACUUUUAUGAGCAAAUCGAGCGACCGCACAUGUAUAUACGAUACGUGCACAAGCUAGCCAACAUGCACCAUUCCGCGGGCCAGUGGGCGGAAGCAGGGCUGGCGCUACGACUUCACGCCAAGCUGCUUUCCUGGACUCCCGAGCCGCUCCCACCGCGUCUGCGACACCCCUCGCCGCAUACCGCGCCCGCUCACUCCACGCAUAGGGAGCUUAAGGAAUACCUCUACCUCGAAAUCGCCGAGCUCCUCAACCGAGGUCGGCAAUGGGAGAUCGCCGUCGAGAUAGUCAAGGAGCUAGUCAGCGUGUACGAAGAAGAAGCCUUAGGCUACGGGCCGCUAGCAGAACUGCACGGGCAGUUGGCCGGGCUAUACGGGUGCAUGCUGCGCACACCGAGAUACCACCCGGGGUACUUCCGAGUGGUGUACUACGGACGCGGCUUCCCCGAGCAUCUGACGCAGCCGCAUGGCUUCGUGUACCGCGGCAACGAGUACGAGCAACUGGCGGAGUUCAAGGAGCGUUGUUUGGACGAGUGGCCUGAUGCAGACGUGCUGAUGAAGCUGGACCCGCCCGGCGAUGACGUCGUGCACUCGGAUGGACAGUACCUCCAAAUCAACGCAGUGGAGCCAGUGACGAGCGACAAGCUGAAGCGUCUGUCCGGCAAGCCGGUGGCCGACCAGAUACUUAUGUAUUAUAAACAUAAUAAUGUGGAUAAGUUCGUGUUCUCCAGACCUUUCCAUAGGCCGGAAGAGUCACUGAAUGGAUCGUCUGACGACUUGUCUAGUCAAAACGAGUUCGCAACGAGAUGGCUAGAAAGGACUGAACUCGAAAUUAGUGAUAAGUUACCUGGCAUCCUCCGCUGGUUCCCCGUGGUGAAGCAGCGUACAUACUGGGUGUCUCCAGUUGAAGCGGCGGUGGAAGCGCUGCGGGAAUCCAACCGCGCUUUAAAAGCGCUGAUACUAAGCGCCCGCGCACCGGAUGCGCCGCUGCAGCCGCUUACUAUGCGGCUGAAUGGCAUACUCGACCCGGCCGUGCAAGGCGGCAUAGUGAACUACGAGCGCGCGUUCUUAACGCCUUCAUAUGAAGCGAGGCAUCCUGAGCACGCUGAAUUGCUGACCCAGCUCAAAGACCUCAUCGCUGACCAGAUACCACUGCUGAAGUUCGGCCUGGAAGUGCACGGCGCGCGAGUGCCGGCGAGCAUGGAAGCCUUACACUCGCACAUGUCGUCGCAGUUCAAGCGCGUGCAACAACACGUGCACCAGCGGUAUGGACGGAAGAUGGCGGACUUCGAACCCGAGACCCCGGAGGUUCAGCUGAGAACGAUGAGGGACAGUCUUCCCUCGGACGCUGGCAAUACCACCAAUAACCGCAUCUCUGACAUCUCCACGGGGACUAACGAAUCGUCGAGGUCGAAAUUUUUCAGCUUUAAUAGUGCAAUAAAUCCACUAGCAAGUAGGAACAGCAGCGGCGGAGGCUACCUGAACUUCGGCACGCUACAGAGCACACCAAAGAGAAGGGACAAGCGAAAAGGGAGAAAGAGCGAAGUCGGCGCAAGCGGCAGCCAGUGGUACACGUCAUCAACUCCCAACGGAACCCCUUCGGCCGUCAACAACAACGUCACAACAACAACAACAAACAACAACAACCAGGAACAAACAACCUCCGCGUCGCCUCUGCGUGAGCUCAGGCAGGAGGUACGUACUCUGGUCACUGAGAGGCCUCUCCGAGCGGACGUGGAGCGAGAGAGACGGCUGUCGCAACGCACCAGUCUGCUGACCUCUUCCGCGCCGCCUUCCAAUAGGGAUUCCAUGGGCACAACAGAUUCAAAUCAAGACGACGAGGAGCCUCCACCACUACCAGAAAAGCUCUCCCACCGCAGCAUGGAAUUAGACGAAACUAACAACAACACAGCUGUCUUACCCCCGAGAAACAACUACGACACAGUAUGGACCCCUCGGGGGUCCUUUCUAUACAAUUCCCUGGCUAUGAGAAGAAAUACUGGUUCUGAUAAACCCCCCACGCCCCCGCCUAAGAAGAAAAACGCGCAGAAUAACACGUAGGCAAUGUAAGUUUAAAAUGUUUCCAUUUAUUUAUUAAAUUCGACCCCUUGGGAGCCAUUUGUGAACUUGAUAGAUACAAGGCGAAAUAUAGGCGCCAAAUUAUUGUCUAUGGGAGAAAGCAUAAAUUCGAAAGGGAAUUAAAAAACGUGUCACUUGUAUACAAAUCCAAACUUAAAUCAUUAAAAAAAAAUAUUACUACAAAUAUUUAAUCCCAUCGAUUUUGUGCGUGUAGUCAAUACAAGUGUGGUAAGUUGAUUAUAACCAUAGAGAUAUAGAGAGAUGCCAACUCACACACAAAAAGUAAUCAAAAUAUGUGCUCAUUAUCCACUGCGGUAUCAGUACUCAACGUUCCAGUAAUAUUUAGUACUACGCAAGCAAUGUAAACUGUUAACAUUAUGACGUCGCUGCUGUCAUCAUUGCUGUCACGAGCAAUGUGUUCUGUUUUUGGGCAUAUUGCUGCGACACCGGCCACGCCCCCUUGUCACAUCUCCCUUUAGUUUCUGUGAUCUGUGGCUAUUACAGUAUGGUGUGUACAUUAAAAUAUCCUAAAAGAGUGAUGAAAAGCAAUGACGUGAGCAAAAAGAGUAUUAUAAAACAUACUAGCUUUCCGCCCGCGGCUUCGCCCGCGUGGAAUUUUGUCUGUCACAGAAAAACUUUAUCGCGCGCGUCCCUGUUUCAAAAACCGGGAUAAAAACUAUCCUAUGUUCUUUCCCGGGACUCAAACUAUCUCUAUGCCAAAUUUCAUCAAAAUCGGUUGCGAGGUUUAAGCGGGAAAGCGUAACAGACAGACAGACAGACAGACAGACAGACAGACAGAGUUACUUUCGCAUCCCAACUAAUAUUAUAAAUGCGAAAGUAACUCUGUCUGUCUGUCUGUCUGUCUGUCUGUCUGUCUGUCUGUCUGUCUGUCUGUUACGCUUUCCCGCUUAAACCUCGCAACCGAUUUUGAUGAAAUUUGGCAUAGAGAUAGUUUGAGUCCCGGGAAAGAACAUAGGAUAGUUUUUAUCCCGGUUUUUGAAACAGGGACGCGCGCGAUAAAGUUUUUCUGUGACAGACAAAAUUCCACGCGGGCGAAGCCGCGGGCG